GCGCACCUUCUCAGUCAUGCACAGAUUGUUUUGUUUUGCUCGUAAACGGCCGGUGUUUUUGUCAUUAAGACUACUAUGAGCAUUAAGAUAUAUUUACCAUUCAACUACUAUUACCUUAAGAAACUCACAAAUUUGUACGGCCAUGUGCAAAUAAAUGAAGAUAAUGUCGUAGUGUAUUACGUCCUUGAAGCUUCAGAUUUAGAAUUUCGUGAAAAAACCAUAAACCAUGUAGCGGACAAUACGCGAUUCUUGGGUUCUAUCCUGAAUGGGGACUUCAAUGCAGAUCAAAAUCAAUAUCUUAAAUUCAAUAUGCGGCUGUGUUUUACGUACAAUAGCAGUCAAGCUAAUAUAACGCUGGUUUACAUUGGGAUUACCCCAGAAUAUCUAAAACACAUUAAACUAAUUCUCUAUGAUAAACAAAUUAUACGGAAUUUGUUGGUUGGCGGGGAGUCUGUAAAUAACCGACCUAAAGCAUAUAAUGAGAGCAAUGAUUGCGACUUCUUGGAGCUAUCCAGAUUGACACAGCCCACAGUUGAUACUCAUGGGCCAACUAAUACUAAAAAAAAGCGUGUCCUAUAUCUGCUAACUCUCAUUGCCGACGCUCCAAUUACAAUGUUUAGAUAUAUUGUAGAAAAUGCGUUCGUCAAUAUCAUAAUGAUUCAUACGACUAUCUACAAACACUUUAAGGAAUGGCAAACAACCUGUGAUAAUCGAACUCGCCAGGCUAACAUUGCACUUGAUAGAAUAAUGGGAAUGAUAGUGAUGCUAAUACUUUUUUCAUUAGCGACACAGCCGGGAGAUUUUCUUAUACCUAUAUCGCACUACGUUAUUGACGAAUUAUACAGCCUACUAAAGGUAUUAGAAGGAAGUCCUAUUGGUCUCAAGCUAAAUAUACAUUUAAAUAAUUUCUUUCUCGACUGCUUUAAAUAUCACAUUGAGUUGUGGUCAACGUUUUUGGAUUUUAUCGAACCUUUAGUACGACAAGUCUUUUUGGCGAUUGGAGUGUUUGGUUGUUUGGGUCUUACAUUCCAGAUAGCGCUCCUAGUGGAUUUAAUAUCCAUAAUUGGGCUACAUUCUCAUUGCUUUUACAUUUAUACCAAAGUGCUCUACAAUGUGGAAAGAAAAGGGCUGUCAGUACUAUGGCAAGUAGUUCGAGGCAACCGUUACAAUAUUUUAAAAGGUCGCAUAGAGUCGCAUAAUUAUAUGAAUCGGCAGUUAUAUCUUGCAACAAUAUUUUUCUCGGCCAUUUUGUUCUUGUUUCCAACUACCCUUGUCUACUAUAUUGUUUUUGCUGCUCUUAAGGUGCUAACCUUUGCAACUCUUAGCAUAUUUGAGUUUUUCCGGAGAAAACUUUUGUAUCUUCCGAUUGAAGGAUGUAUGAAAUGGUUUAUAAAAGGAUGUGUUGAAAUAGAUUGCCUUCAAAUCAAGGAUGUUUCACCUAAUGACAAGGCUUUUUUAAAACACAAACAUUAUAAUAUCGACGUGUCUGUAUACAAAAUUCAAACCAUACAAUCCGAGCCAAAUAUAUAAUUUUACCUCUA